AUGGUGUCACCUUCCGAAAGUAGUCAAGAAAAGAAAAAACAGAAACUGUACGCCCGACUAAAUGUCUCGAAAGACUCACCGAAUCUUUCCACAUGUGCAAAAUAUCUAUACGCUUACAUGCUACAUGGUGCUUACUAUCUUGAUCCUAAUAUCUCCAAAUCAAAGAAAGACGAAACACAUAGACAAACAAAGGAAGGUCCCAUAACUAAUAUCCAUUCACCACGAAGAUAA